AUGAGGUCCACCCCGAGGAUUGAUGUUGCUCCUGUUGCUGAGGUUGUUGAUAUUGUGGUUCCCUUUGGUAUUGAUGUUGAAGCUGAUAUUGCUGGGCCUGUGGAGGCUGAAUUGAUUCCCGCUGUGGAUGCUGUGGAUGCUGUGACGGUGUUGUCUGUUGGUUCUGCGGACGUUGCGGUGGUUUUGGAGGCGGUCCAUGUUGCUGUGUAUAACUAUCCUGCUGAGGACUUUGCUGCUGUGGCUCUGGUGGCAAUGAUGUUGGUAGCUGCGAGGGGGCAGGCUCAGACACGGUUUCGCCAGCAUCUGGUUCGCUUCUCACUUCUGCCUUGGUUGGACGAGGGGGUUUCUUGGGUGGCACUGAGGCAUCAAAUGCAGAAACAGGUCUUCGUCGUGGAGGGGCGCUUGCAUACGUGCUGCCGACAGAGUGGGUUCGCACUGGUGGAGGCGGCGGAAUCGGGAGAUAGCCGCUGUGCUGAUAUACCAAAAUGGAAUGAGAUGAGCCAUCUGGGUGCUGCAGGGGAUAUUCCUGCACAACAUAGCAAUUCGCACACAGGUUUAUAG